GUGAGGCAGGGGAGAGAGGGGGGAGAAAAAUAGCCCGCUCACACUGUUUUUAGAUAGACACCUACUCGGCUUCGUAGCGAAAAAGAGGAACACGUCUCCCACGUUGUGUGCGUGUAUGUGUGUAUGCGUGUGUAUGUGUGUGUAUGUACGUACGUACGUACGCGUGUGUAUGCGUGUGUCCCACAUUUCUCUAUCGUCACCGACUUCCAUUCAGUCGCGUCUCGGGUUUGAAAAACGGUCUCGUGUUCGAAGGAUUUAAGUUGAAAGGUGGACCGCAAUUACUCCGAAAAAUCCACAGAGAGAGAGAGACAGGGAGGAAGAGAGAGAGAGCGAGCGCGCGAGAGAGAGCGAGAGAGAGAGGGAGAAACACUCUUUUCCGAAAGUGGAUGAUGCUGCCGGUGUGCGCCGAGGGUCGCCUCCUCAACUUGUAAUCAAACAUCCGUUCACGGUGUGUUUUGAGGCGGUAUGCCCCGGGGAGUACUGCUGACAGUGCGCUAGGAUUCUGAACCCCUCGUCCGUAUCCGAGGCUGAGGAGAAGAGAAGAGGAGAGGAGAGGAGAGUCCCUCCCACUCCCCACCCCCAACCCCACCCCCCAACCCCCCCGUCCGUGCUGCGCUGACGCACCAUGUCGCUGACCGACAAACACAAAGUGAAGAGGCAGCGGCUGGACCGGAUCUGCGAAGGUAAGGGAGGUAUCCGACCCCAGAUUAUGAAUGGGCCCAUGCAUCCACGCCCCCUGGUGGCGCUGCUGGAUGGGCGCGACUGCACCGUGGAGAUGCCCAUCCUCAAAGACCUGGCCACCGUUGCCUUCUGUGACGCCCAGUCCACACAGGAGAUCCACGAGAAGGUGCUUAAUGAAGCGGUGGGAGCCAUGAUGUACCACACCAUCACCCUGACCAGAGAGGACCUGGAGAAGUUCAAAGCUCUACGCAUCAUCAUCCGCAUCGGCAGCGGCUACGACAACAUCGAUAUCAAGGCUGCUGGGGAGCUGGGUAUUGCGGUGUGUAACAUCCCAUCAGCGGCGGUAGAGGAGACGGCAGACUCCACCAUGUGCCACAUCCUCAACCUGUACCGGCGAAACACCUGGCUCUACCAGGCCCUCCGGGAGGGCACGCGGGUCCAGAGUGUCGAGCAGAUCCGCGAGGUGGCGUCCGGCGCCGCGCGCAUCCGAGGAGAAACCCUGGGACUCAUCGGCUUCGGUCGUUCGGGGCAGGCGGUGGCAGUGCGAGCGAAGGUGUUCGGCUUCAACGUCAUCUUCUACGACCCCUACCUGCAGGACGGCUUGGAGCGCUCACUGGGCGUCCAGCGGGUCUACACCCUCCAGGACCUGCUCUACCAGAGCGACUGUGUGUCCCUGCACUGCAACCUGAAUGAACACAACCAUCACCUCAUCAAUGACUUCACCAUCAAACAGAUGCGUCAGGGGGCUUUCCUGGUCAAUGCGGCGCGAGGUGGCCUGGUGGACGAGAAGGCCCUCGCCCAGGCCCUGAAGGAGGGCAGGAUACGCGGGGCUGCCUUGGAUGUCCAUGAAACGGAGCCCUUCAGUUUUGCCCAGGGCCCUCUGAAGGAUGCCCCAAAUCUGAUCUGCACACCUCACACAGCCUGGUAUAGCGAGCAGGCCUCUCUGGAGAUGAGGGAGGCUGCUGCCACCGAGAUCCGAAGAGCCAUCACCGGCCGUAUCCCCGACAGCCUAAGAAACUGCGUCAACAAGGAGUUCUUCGUCACCACAGCACCAUGGGCGGUCAUGGACCAGCCAGGCGUCCACCCUGAACUUAAUGGCGCAGCCUACAGGUACCCGCCGGGUGUGGUGGGAGUGGCUCCGGGUGGCAUUCCAGGGGCAUUAGAGGGCAUGGUGCCAGGCGGCGUGCCCAUCGCUCACACCCUGCCCUCUGGUACACACCCCUCGCAGGCCCCAUCGCCCAACCAGCCCUCCAAACACGGUGAGACCAGAGAGCACCUCACCGAGCAAUAGCAGCAAGAUGAGCUAAAACGGCAACGGCAACCCCUAACCAGUCGACAACUCGAAAGCAACCAACCAACGACAAAAGCAACCAACCAACUGGGACCAAGAGACAGUGAAAACACAAGUGGCUGCCUGUCACUCAGUCAGUAACCGGGAACAAGGCGAUUUGUUCUGGCGGAUUUAUACUUUUAACAUUUUAGUUUGUACUCUCUCUGUCACUUUGCAUUCAGUACCAACUUUUAUCUUUGAUUAUGUUGUUUUUUUUUUUUUUGUUUUUUUUUUUAUUCUUUCGGGACAUGUCACCUUCACUCUGGAAAGCAGAGUUUGGUGAUUUUAGUGCUUUGGGGAUAGACCUGCCGGCCGUGCAGCGAGACUCUGUCCCAACCCCCCCACCCACCCCCCACCCCAACUCACCAAUGAGAGAACAAGAGAAACACUUUGACAUGAUGUGUUACUGGACCUCACACCCCGAAUCCUACCCCCCUACCCCCCCAGUCCCAUAAUCAUAACCCCUCCUCUACCCAAAACCCACUCAACCACCCUCCUCAUGUAACUAGUGCGUGUUGUUUAGGCCUCCUAUCAGUUUGUUCUGUACCACGCCCUAGGAAAAAAAAAAAUCUUUUACUUUUUAAUCGUCAGUGUGAAAGGCUGAAAUGAGAUGAAAAUGAUUAUCAACUUAUAUAUAUUUAACAUUCAUCAGACAAAAGGAAAAGACAAGAUUGCUCAUCAGUAAUAGUAAUCUAGAGUGAGUUUUAACCCUUUCCUGACGAUGAUGUCCAACAGUUUGGUCGCAGCUGUCAGUUACAUUUACAUACCACCAGGGGACGCUUUUAUACAGUGUGUAGGAUGUCUAUUUACCCCCCUCUCUGUUGAGAUUGAAGUUGUUGCUUGAUUCAGCCCGGGAGUCUCAUUGUCACAGCUGUUAUGAAUUAAAUCAGCAUCGUUCAGAUCUAUCGAUAUAUUGAUGAGCUGUCAGAGGAGAAUCACUGUAGUCGACUGCAGCUGACUCUGGUUUUUAGUGAACUGAGAGGGAGCCUUCGGUUCGGAUUUAAGUGGAGGACUGUGUCUGAUUUGUUCCCUUAGAUAAUAAGGAGUGGCUACGUGUUAUUCAUCAGCGAAUGAGAACAAAAGGACUUUUGUGAGCCGUCGACAAGAGAACAUUGUUGAUCACAGAUGCGGUGGUCUGCGCCGCGGCCUUGCCACAUUUCAAGAGGACAACUACGUCACGGAUUUUUCGUUGUUGGUGAAUGGACAUUGAUGAUGACCAGUGGACAAAAUUAUGACCUUUCAUUCGGUGGCAACAACAACAACAUAGAUUGUGACGCCCUCAUUCGCUCAGUGGGCACGGUUAGGCCAGUUUCACGGCCCUGCAGACAGGAAAGGGUUAAAGCACACUUCAUUCCUUAAUGACUCAGGAAAACACUUUUUUGCAGAUAUUGUUUAUUCCCCAAAUUUUGUCUCGAGGUAAAAAGAAAAAAAAAGUUCAUGAUCUGGGUAGUCUGGAUAUUUUCUCUUUUCCCUUAUCUUCUCCAUUGUGGUAUUUUUAUAUACAAGACGCAUCCCAUGUUUUUGGUGUUUAAAAAAAAAGAGUUUUGAAGAGUCCUGUUAGAUUUGUAUUGCCUAGUUAAAUGUUCCUAUAACCAUUAGUCCUCAUGUGAUCCACCCCCCCCUCCUCUCUCUCUCUCUCUCUCUCUCUCUCUCUCUCUCUCUCUCUCUCUCUCUCUCUCUCUCUCUCUCUCUCUCUCUCUCUCUCUCAUACUUUCUUUGUUCUAUUGAAGGCCAGGUUCUUUGGGGCAUCCUGUACUCUGUUAAGAGCAAUAGCAAAACUCGUACUUAGUGUCCCAACCAUAGCAGAAGAGGCAGCCAGCAGUAUGUUUUGUUUUUAGUGUGAGUAUUUGUAUUUGUUUCUUGUACAAGGUGAACAUUUAGCAUUCGGUGCAGUUCAAAAUAAACGAUACAAUUC